GCGUCUCCGGUUUCUAAGGAACAGGAGGUCCGUCAGUGCUGCUGUUUCUUCUCUAUGGUAUCUCUGGUUGACACGGGGUCGCUGGGAUGCAGGAGGAGGACUGCAGGCUGGAGGUGUAAGAAGCGGCUCGGGGAUGGCUGGAAUCAUCAAGAGGCAAAUCUUGAAACACCUAUCAAGGUUUGCCAAGAACUUGUCUCCAGAACAGAUCAAUCUGAGCACACUGCGGGGAGAAGGACAUCUUACAGAUUUGGAGCUUGAUGAAGAUGCUCUCCAGAACAUGCUGGAUUUACCCACAUGGCUGGCCAUCACACGCGUGUACUGUAAUCGUGCUGCGAUUCGGAUACAGUGGACUAAACUAAAAACUCAUCCAAUAUGCCUGAUGCUGGAUAGAGUAGAGAUUGAAAUGAAAACAUGUGAGGAUCCUCGACCUCCAAAUGGGCCUUCACCUAUUGCGCUUGCCUCAGGUCAGAGCGAAUAUGGUUUUGCAGAGAAAGUGGUUGAAGGCAUGUUCCUUGAAAUCGGAUGCGUCAGUAUUAAGAUUCAGUCUCCUACAUUUCGUGCAUCCGUGCAGCUGUGGCAACUCCAAGGUUAUAGUGUUAGCCCAAACUGGCAGCAAAGUGAUUUGCGCUUCACUCGCCUCACCAAUUCCCAGAGUGGAGAGGUCCUCACAUUUAAACAAGUGACUUGGCAGACCCUUCGCAUUGAAGCUGAUGCGUCUGACAGCUGUGAAGAUGCCCCAACCACUCCUCUACGCCUGCUUACAAAUGGGGGGAGACUGAACAUAGCACUUAAAAGAAGGACCAAAGACUGCAUGGUGCUGUCCUCCAAGCUGUCCUUCUUCCUAGAUGAGCUGUUGUGGGUCCUCACAGACUCUCAGCUUCGGGCUUUACUUUCAUACACCAAGUCCUUAAGUGAAGCUGUGCAGAAAUCUGUGAGACAGAAAAAGCAACUAGGGGAGCCUCAGGUACCCUCACCGACUGCCCCUCCACCAUGGUCUCUUCCUACUCCCCCUUCCUCAUCAUCUAGUCUAGGUCAAUACUUUGAGAAGUUUGAUGUGAAGGAAACCUCUUAUCAUUUGCUCAUCUCAAAGCUUGAAUUACACGUGUGUGAUGAAAGUCAGACAAGGGGUACAGUCACAGGAGGUGCCAUACAGGUUACUUUGCGCAAAAUUAUGCUGGAUUAUUAUCCUACACACAAGGCAGGUCAUAGCUGUGCACAUUGGAAUCGAUUUUCCACAGCAAUGGGUACCUGUGAGCAGUGGAGACAGGAACUUGCCCAAGAGAGGCAAGCAAAAGAGGACUGUAAUGACAGUGUGCUAGGAAAAAUGUCAUCUCCAAAACAUGGCAAUACAGGAUCAUCCUCCUCUCUUUACUUCCGUUCUGUACUGAUCAGAGUAGAUGAUAUGGACAUUCAUCAGGUAUCUUCCUCGGGACAGAGCCCACAAAAACCACCACUUAUUUCAUGUGGUCGUAUGCCUGGUGCUUGCUCUGCUGUGCACCUUCAAUAUACUGAGUAUUAUCGUUUUCCCGGAGAUAGCCUUUCAGUGCCUCCUCCUGCUCUGUACAUACAGCUACAUGGUCUUCUGUUAUACAUUGCUGCCCAGUCGGUGCUGUGGCUGAAUUAUUUUAUGUUGGACCUAUCGCAUCACCUUCAGCAGUUUGCUGCUGUGACUUCUAUUGUGAAUAAUGAAGCCGGAGAGCACAGAGAUGUGCGUCUGGAUGGAUUUGACCUUAAGCUAAGUUUCCCUGUGCCACCUCCUUCUUACAGCCCGCCUGAACGCCCUUCUUCAAUAUGUGCCCAUCUUACGUCAGUUACCCUAACGAACACACGGCAAGCUCCUGGAUCAACCAUUGACCACCUUCAGACUACCUUCCGUUCCUUUGCUGCCCACAAAGCUUUUCAUUGUCCUCCAGGACCUUUGCACCCUGCAUUUCUGUCUCAUGUGUAUCCUUCCUCUGAGCCCCCCUCAACAUCUUUAUGGAGUUUACAUAGUCCUGGUAUGUCAUUGCGAUUUGAGGGAGGUGUUCCCAAACACCAGAUACUUCUCCACCCCAUGCCAUUUACUGCCAUGGCCUGCCUUUUAAUAUCUGAACAACAACUACAGGUUAUGUUCAAUGUGGAUCAAAUGGUACGAUUGCAGCUGAACCACUACCAUUACCUCACUUUACUACGUUUACAGGAGCAAGUUCAGGCCUUGUUGGAAGGGUUGCAAAAUGUGAAAAAUUCAUCGUUACACAUAGAAAUGCCUCCUUUCUGCCCUCCUGCAGUCUGUGUUGGUCUACUGAUUCCUGUAGUCACUAUUUCCCUUAUGCUCCCUGUUUCCCACUCCCCAUUGCAGCCAGAGGACUCUGAGAGGAGCAGCCUUAUUGGAUUUGAACUGACAGAUGGAGACACAGGAAGUGAAAGGGAGAAGAACAAGUUAAUCACAGUUAAUAAAAAUGAGGUUUCGCUUCUUGGACAGGAACCAGCACAGGAGCCUCAGGAGGAGUCUGUUGUGCGCUCAGGAAUACCUGCUCAGCCUGGUGAACAUGUCAAGGCAGAAAAAGUAGAUGUGCCAGUAAAAGACAGCCUAAAUAAGGUGGUGGCUCAAGAUACUACACAGGCAAAGGAACUUUCUGUUGAUCUGUUUCUGGGAAAGGAUUUUGCACGUGACACUUUGCUUAACACACUGGGUCUGACGAAAGAGAAUUUUAGCCUUGGGAAAGAAAGAAUGCAGCGUCUUCUGGGAGACACUAAACAUAAGGACGUGGAUGCUACCCAUAAUCCGACAAGCUCACCUCUUUCUCGCACACAGUCUCUUGACACAGUUUCAAUUGAGGGGCUGGAUGUUUUGUCUCUGGACAGUGAAACUACUGAGAAUUUCUUACUUAAAAUGGAUGCUGAAUUGGAAGUUAAUAUAGAAACAGCAUCUGAUCAAGACAGCACUUCUCAAAGUACAGAGGGUCCUGAACCACAGCAGAUUUUGACAUUGGCCCUUAACCAUGUCACUUCUGUGACUCGUGUGCAUGGGGAAGAGGUUUCUGUUAUUGUUCAAGCUUUGGACCUCAGCUGUGCACAAAAGAUUGAAGAUUUGAAAGCCUCGAUGACAAGUAUUCCAGGUACUCCUCCUUCCCCAUCCACUCCCCGUGUCACAUUGCACUUUGAUAUUGGCCCAGCUGCAGCCUCCUUCUCCCCACUUGCUGAGCGUAACGGAUUUCUACAAAUGUGGAUUCAGGAUUUUUGCUCGGAGAUACCAGUUUCUGCAAUAACCCACCUAGGACCUUUCCUAGAGGAUGAGAAGAUUCCUGAGAUCCUUCCGAUGAUGAUUCAGGUCAAAAACAGCAAGAUCACACUUCAUGAUGAUGGGCCACGAAUUUACCCCUCUCCAAUCUCUCCUGAGCCAGUUGCCUUCUCUUUGAAGAACCUCAAGGUACAGCGGAAAGAUGAUGGCAUUUUCCGCCUCAUAGGUGAAGAAUCUUCAGACCCUGUUACCCAAGCAACACAUCCUUCUUUUGUACAUAACAACAGCACAGAAACAUUACCUGAAAGUAUAGAGGAGCUCCAGCAAGAAUUGCUAGCUGCUCGGGCAAAACUUGAACAACAAAAACAACAAGCGGAGAAGCUCCUGCAAGAAAUCUGGAAAUAUAACCCUUUUUUUAACAUCUGAUUGAAAGUUGUCCACAAAAGCCACCACUUUAAUCUGUGGACUGGACGUCACUGGAUAUUUUUCAUAUACUGCACCAGUUUCAUAGCUAAACCUACAACUGUGUUUGCACCUUGUAUAGACAAUGACUGUAAUUAUGUGUUAUGGAGUAACAAAACACUUUCUUUAAAGAAAAUGACUAUUAUAAAGUGGAAGUCAAUUUGUUUAUUGUAUAGGUAGAUUUGGGAAGGGUUACAUCAAGUUUUUCUUGCUGUCCUCUUCCCCAUUGUUGAGCUUUUGGCUCACUUUCAGCCUUGCAGAAGGGAAGUGAGGAAAAACUCACCAUAGUUAAAGUGGUUGUAAACCUCAGACAUAAAAUAUGAACCAAGCCUAUACCUCUAUAGUGUGUACUUGUCUCCGUUAAGAGCACUACGUGUCAUUUUUGUCUGCUGUUUCGUUCCUCUGUAUCAGCAUGAGUCACUUCUGACGAGUUUUCCUGACUCCAAGAGAAAAAAGGUGACAUGGGAGGGGGCCUCUAGUUGAUGGAUCACCUCAGCUCUGUUCAUGUGUGAAGGGGGUGUGUCCCUUCCCUCCAAUUGGCUCCAAGAGCUCUCCUCACUGGGCUCUGCAGUGUGUCACUUCAGCUCUCAACCCCCUUUUUUCUGACAACUCGGACACGCUUUAUGAAUUCUGGACUUUGAGUGGAUAUAGAGAAGAGAAGACUGAAGAUAAAGGGCCAGUCACUUCACUAGGUGUAUAUAUAAGGGUUUACAAGCACUUUAAGGAAAGUCCAACCUUUAACAGAUUUUGCCUUACCCUCUAGUUCCCAUUACUGCCAUUAGCUUUUGGGCUUGCCCCUCACAUUGUCUCACCUGCACAGAAUGUAAAGGAGAAACUUCCCAAUAGGGGCCAUAAAAAAAAACAAUAAAAGAUCUAAUCAUAGUUCUAACAUAUCCUUACUAUAUCCAAAACUAGGAUUGUUAUGUGUAAGUUCAGUUAAUGUUACAUGAUGCACAUGGUACUAGUAACAAGUAUUAUUUGUAAUGACAAAAUAUAAAGUUUUAGUGCCAUCAUUCACUGCCCAGACAAGAAUCAAUUUGGAGCCACAGUACUGAUUGCUCUCAGGAUCCUAACUCCGAGAGACAAAAACAUGCCAGCCUUGGCUCCCACUACCCACCAGCUUGUCCUUUUUUACAUGGCAGCCUUCUAGGGAGACGCUGUAAGGCCCCAUUCACACUUGUGUAACUUGUCCUGCAAUUUGGAGCUACAAAGUCGCAUGACAAAUCGUGCCCCAUUAUUUCCAAUGAGUACCAUUCAUAUCUGUGCGACUUCAAGUUGCAGCGACUUCAAAGUACUCCCUGCCCUACUUUGGUCAGACUUUUAUGCGAUUUGAGGUCCAUAGAUCUCAAGAUUUCAGAGGCAUUGCUUCAGGUCGCAUCAAAAUCGCGGCAAAAUCUUUUAGGUCGCACAAGUGUGAAAGGGGCCUUACUCAGAGACAGUUUAGCUGUGGAGAGCAGUGUGCAUUGUCUCGGUAUGGAUGGUUUGCUGUACCACUUGUAGCAAUGUACUGUGUGCAAAUUGCUUGUUUGUUUACAAUGUAGAACACGGACAAAUGUAAAAAUAAUGUAAAGUAUUUAUAAACUGUUAUCCUAAUUUGUACAUUAA